AUGUGGUCACUAUCAGGAUUCAUCAGCGACGUCAAGUACAUCGUCACGCAUCCUGAUUUCACCAAUCUCGAGGUCAACACUAGCGGCAUUGUUCUGAUGUUGGUCGUUAUCGGCAUUUUCAGCGCGGCUUUCUACGCCAACAUUGGAGACCACUCUGAUGCUCUCAAGGACAAGGUCAAUGCUGCUAUAGGCUCGAGUUCCGGCGUAGUGCACAGAAAAGAUGAUCCUCCCAUUCCACCUCCAUCAGUCAUCACAGCCCUGCGAAUCUACCCCAUCAAGUCAUGCCGUGGCUUCGAGGUCUCCUCAACCCGCCUGAAGCGAGCUGGCCUCACCUUGGACCGCAACUGGAUGUUCAUCUCCAAGGAAGACAAGAAGUUCUUGACCAUCCGUGGCGAUCCCUCCAUGACCCUGAUCGACACCGCCAUCAUCGAAGAAGGUGGCGAACAAAUGCUCGAAAUCAGCAUCCACAACACCGACGGUCGCGUCACAGUCCCUGCCUUUCCCUCCCGCGAGUGGCUCGAAUCAAACACCAGCCUUGAGACCGUCGAAAUCUGGGAGAACGAAACAGACGGCUGGAUUUACAGCGACUCGAUCAACAAAAUCUUCUCCGACUUCUUCUCCAAGCCCGUAGCCCUGGUCUACAAAGGCCCAUCCCACCGCAUGGUGGCCAUCAACGGCCGCAAAGAGCUCUACGGCGAAGACGUACCUCACCACUUCGCAGACGUCAUGUCCCUCCAAGUCGCCUCGGAAGCCUCCAUGAAAGACCUCAACAAACAACUCGGCCACGCCCUAGACUCACCCGAAGCCCUCACAAUCGAGCGCUUCCGCCCAAACAUCAUUAUCAAAGGUCGUGAUGAUCAUCCCUGGGAGGAGGACACCUGGAAGCGCAUCCGGAUCAACACCACCAUCUCGAAUGAAGAGGCGCUGUACAAGCUGGAUCUGGAUGUAGUGGCGAGGUGUGCGAGGUGCCAGGUUCCGAACGUGGAUCCCGACACUGCGGAGAAGCACAAGAAGGAGCCUUGGGAUACGUUGAUGAAGUCUAGGAGAGUUGAUACGGGCGGACCAGCGAAGUAUAAGCCUUGCUUUGGAAUGAUGGCGAUCCCAAAGAAUGAGGGGAAGAUUGCGGUGGGUGGCACGUUGGAGGUGCUGGAGACGACGGAUAAGCACUGGUACAACGAAAGGGCUUUCAAGGAGCUUUGA